UGGGCUCAGGAAGCAGGAGCAGAAGCAUUGCUUCUCUCUGGCGCGGGCGGCUCCACAGCAGCCUGACCAGAGGGAGAGAGGGAGGAAGGGAAGGUAGGUAACUUGGGUUGCGUUGCAGGAAUCGAAGAAGAAAUUUCAAUUGGGGAACAUUUUUCUCUUUCUACAUUUUGCCUGCUCCACCUCCUAACUCCCCCACUUCUCAACAUACACCUCAGUUGUGGGGAAAGGGAAGUGAUUCGACGUCACUGACUCCGACAUUUCAUUCACCAAACGCGGGGUUGGGGGGUGGGGAGAAGAAGUUCUGGGUAAGUCCUUCUGCCUUUGCAAAGCCUCAGGGAAGCAGUUGGAAAGCGGCCGAUGCUCUGCCCACUUCUGCCAGACUAUGCCCCCAAGCACUGCUUAGUGAUCAGCAGAGACAGUGGGGGAGGGAACGGGCUCUCCCAGCUUUUUGAGAGUCCCCCUUCCCAAACCUCCCCAGCCUGUCACAAGAUUUAAUAUUUGGCAUUGACGCUUGACUCAGGGUAUGGACCAAGGCAGCCUCACCAAAAAUUGCUACAAGUAAGCAUAUUUAUUAUGAAAAAUGAAGAACCUACUGUCAAUGACAAACUCAGAGAAAUGGAGUACUAAAAGGAGCAACCACUCUCAGAUCACAUAGAAGAAGUUGAAAAACAAAUGGAAAAGUUACCAUGUUGUAUCCUCUGGGAUAAUAUUGUUUGCCCAGCACCAGAUAUGAAGUUCAUUAAGGUCUGGUUGCUGUCAUUCUAUUAAUCUGGAUCUGGUAAAAUGGAUGAGACCACAGAACUGAGGACCGAUGGAAACUCACUCUUAAAGGCUGUAUGGCUAGGACGGCUUAGGUUGACUAGACUCCUACUAGAAGGUGGGGCCUACAUUAAUGAAAGCAAUGACAAGGGGGAAACGGCGCUCAUGGUGGCAUGCAUCACUAAGCAUGUAGACCAACAAAGCAUCAGCAAGUCCAAAAUGGUCAAAUACCUACUAGACAAUAGGGCAGACCCCAAUAUUCAAGAUAAGUCAGGAAAAACUGCUCUCAUCCAUGCUUGCAUUAGGAAAGCUGGUGGAGAGGUAGUUUCCUUGUUAUUGGAAAAUGGUGCUGAUCCCAGUUUAGAAGACCGUUCAGGAGCUUCAGCUCUAGUUUAUGCCAUUAAUGCUGAUGACAAGGACACUCUGACACAUCUCCUUAAGGCCUGCAAGGCAAAGGGAAAGGAGGUGAUCAUCAUAACUACCGAUAAAUCUUCUUCAGGCACCAAAACCACUAAACAGUAUCUUAACAUCCCACCUUCACCAAAGUUUGAAGAUAGGCAAUCACCUGCUUUGUGCAUGUCCCCAUCUGACAUUGAAUUAAAGACACCAAGUCUGGGAUCUCCACCCAGAGAAAAGGAAGAUGAUUUCUUUAGCCUUCAUUCAGGGCGUUCAAGUGGAUGCCAUGCUAUCAAGGCUCCCAGUGAAGCUUUGUCACCCACCAGGAAAGUUGGUAGCCUCAAAAGAGCUCGAUUGCCCCAGCUGAAGAGGCUACAGUCAGAACCCUGGGGUUUGAUUGCACCAUCUGUGCUAGCAGCUUCUUCCCAUCAGGAGGAGACCAAAAGCACCUGUGCAGAUGAUGAAAUCAUCAUGGGUAUCAAUGACCUGUCCUUCUCCAAAAGGGCACCGCUCUCAAGGAAUAACAGCAUUGAAGGCAAAGAUUCCACUCUCUUCCCCACUGUCACUGACCAAGUUUUAAAGAUCCCAUCCACUUCUGCACCAGCAUCAUGGAAAGCAGCCUAUGAGAAAAAUCAGCCCAUUCAUCAGCGACUAGCCAGAAGGGGUACUCUUCCUACUGACCAAGAUAAUUCAAGCAUUACCACCUCGGCAUCAGCCACCAUCAAGGAUUCGGCUUCUCUCAGAAGGUUAGAAAAUGGUCACUAUGAUUCAGAUAUACAGCUCUGUGGUGACUCACCAAAUCCCAUGUCCCUUGAUAAUGGUAAAGUACCAAUGGAUAGAAAAAAACUCAACAGCUCUCACUUGGCUUUAUUUAAUGGCUCUCGGGAAUCUCUUGAUGGGGUGCCUAGUACUUCCCCAGGCUCAGUUCGCCGUAGGCCCCCCAAUUUGUUGGAAAGAAGGGGCUCUGGAACAUUUUUACUUGAUCAUAUUUCGCAUACCAGGCCUGGAUUUUUGCCCCCUUUAAAUGUGAAUCCAAAUCCACCCAUUCCUGAUAUCAGGUCCAGCAGUAAACCUUCUUCCCCACUUGCUAGUGGCUUAAAACCUAUGGUCCCUGUUGCUCCAAAUUCACCAAAGAGAGUUGAUUUAAGAAACAAAAAGAAACUGAUCAGAAGAUAUUCUAUGCAGGUUGAACAGAUGAAGCAACUAUCAGAUUUUGAAGAAAUCGUAACCUAGUAACUAUAUUUUAGAAUUUUUAAAAAAAAUCUAGACAAUUUGCAAGGGAACUAUCUUUUAGACCAGUAUAAUAAUGUAGAUUGUUGCUGCACAACAAAUAUAUUCCUUAAUGUUAUUCUAUUGCUGCUUCAGAAUAGAUACAUAUAUGUGUAUAUUCAUAUACACACGUGAAUAUAUCACUUACAAGUAUACAUACACAUGUAUAAACACACAUAUAUGUAUGAUGCUACUCCACUACUACUUAAAUCAUCAUUGGGUUUUAAUGGUCCUCUGUAGCAUGCAGUAAUUUGGAUUUUGAGAUGAUUUAAAGCUUUUGUUAUGAAUGAAAAACCUUUGAAUUCUGAGAGCAACAUUGCAAAAAAUAGUCAUUUGAGCCAGUUACUCCAAUCAUUUUCUGUUAAAUAGAAAGAAAAUAAGACUUUCAAAAAACUGAAUGAAUUAUGUUAUGUUUAAUGAAUUUAUAAAGUGCCUAAUAAGAAACUGAGGCUUUAAUUUUGGUCAAAAUGUGCAAAAAGUUGAUGCAAAACUCUUAUGUACUAUAUCCAGGUCUGUGUGUCCAAGCUAAAAAAAAGUGGAAGGUGAACUGUUUUCUCCUCAAAAAGACUCCAGCACUAUAAUGUUGCAUGUCAUUAUCUUAUAAGUGACAGUCAUACUAGGGAAGAGGUCUUAUAAAAUCUCAUUAUUACACUGAUUCAGCAAUACAACAGGUCACAUGAAGCCCCUAGAACAUGACAAAUCCAGAUUCCCAAAGCCUGAUGUUUCAGUUGAUAUAUGAGGCUGGUAUUAGUCCUGACUGCACUCCAUACCAUCCUCCCCAACAGCAUUAUAAAAGCAUCCCUCUAUUUUAAUAAAACUAAUAAUUUUGCAGAGUCGGGGUGAAGUUCCUACAAAAACCCGACAACAAGGAUUCCUUAUUCAGAAAAUGUCUUGGUCCAAGAAAAUUUAGGGAAUUAUAUACCUAAACCCAGAAUGAGUCUUUUGUUUUGCUUUUUUGCAGGGCAAUGAGGGUUAAGUGACUUGCCCAGGGUCACGCAGCUAGUAAGUGUCAAGUGUCUGAGGUCGGAUUUGAACUCAGGUCCUCCUGAAUCCAGGGCUGGCACUUUACCACUGCUCCAUCUAGCUGCCCCUAGAAUGAAUCUUGAUGAAGCUAUGUCCUCAGCCUAAUGUGUUCAGUAUUUUACAUGGUAAUUAAGAGAAAAACUUGAAGAACAGCUCUGCAUAGCACAAAAUCAAAUGGAGAGGUGAUGAUCUUUUUUUUCAAUGAAUGGAGUCCAUGUACACAACAAAUCUAGGCUCAAGGAUCCCUUCUGUUAUCCAGGGCAUCUCAGGCAAUGCCAAUUUAGCUGUUUGAGUGAUCUAGAUACUGUGAUGAAGUGGGAAACAGUCUGGAGUCCAAGGAUUUGGGUUAGAACUCCAGCUGCACAGCUGUAACCUUGGGCAAGACACAGAAUUUCUCUAGGGUGCAUUUUUUUCUCAUCUGUAGAAAUGAACAGGUUGGAAUAGAUGACUUCUUAGGUACUUUUGAGCUAAAUUUAUGAUUUUAAGAAGAUUAGAUCUUGGAAACCUAUAAAUCCUCCCCCUAAAACAGAAUGAAAUUAACAAGAGAAAUGGUGCUUUGCGUCCCCCCCUUCCCCUCCCCUGCCCCCAUCGCCUGCAUCUCCUGGCCCCUCCGCAACUAUCCCAGGUGGUGGUAUAGCUGGAUUUCACAUGAAAAACCCUUGGUUUUCUUCCCCACUCACCUUACCACUUGGUGCUUGGACACGAUUGUUUCCCAGUUUAAAAAAUAUGUCAUGUUUAAGAAAUGAGAGAAAAGGAGAAAGAAAAGCAGUUAGUUUAGUGUGUCUAUAGUUCUUGAACCACUUGGUUUAUCUUUAGUAUUUACUACACACCUUAGAACAAUAGAGGCCUCUUCUUGAAGCAACAAGUGUUCCUGUGCAACCAGGAUCUUAGGCAAAGAAGCAAAUGAAUAUUGCAAGUUAAAGUCAGAAUUCUAAAGAGUGAGUGCAGAUAACUAUUGUCCCCAGCUCUUCUUAUAACAAAACAUGUUUUGUAGCACUUUAAUCAUUACUAUUGUUAAUGUCAUUUAAGUACUCAAGUAAUACAAUCUAGCUGUAAAAAUAACCAGACCCAAGCAUAAAAAAAUAAACAAUUUUUAAUAGUGAGGCAGCCCGUGGUGUCAGGGAGAGAGUGCUGUUCUAGGAGCUUUUCUAACACUUACUGGACUGUGUGACCCUGGGCAAGUCACUUAACUUCUCUGUGCCUCAGUUUCCUCAUCUGUAAAAUGGGGAUAAUAAUACUUUACUACCUACUUCCAAUGAUUGUUAUGGGGACAGCACUUUGUGAACCAUAAAGCUCAAUAUAAAUGUGAGUUAUUAACAAGAAUAGACAUUUUAGGGAACACUCAGAAGACUAUUGUAGUCUAAAUAUUCACCUGUCUACUUUAUACUACUUAAUAUAGGUGAAACGUUAGACACAAAUUAUAUGUAUAUUAAGAAUAGAUUAUUCAUUUCACAGAUACAUAGUAGGAAAUAUUCUCUAGUCAUUCCUUUGCCUAUAUCAGCUGCCAAAUAUUCCUCUGGCCUAUAUUUGUAAAGCAGCCUUCACGAUAAGACCUUCAUAUUCCAUUGCUACAUGAAAAUGCAUUAGCUGACCUAGACUGUUCCAAACCACCACCACCAAAAUACCCUGGCAUAGUUAAUGCAUAAACCAGCAGUUUUUGUCUGUGUUCAACAUGGUACAAGAACAUCAUUUUAAAGUAUAUUCUAGAUUUAAAUAUGCUUUUUAGAUCAAAGGUGAGUGUCUAUUUUUAGAGCCUUAAAAUUGCUGUCUGCAUUUCCUACAUACUGUAAUGUCAAUAUGGAAUAAAUACCCUUGAGGUUAUAGUGAACUUCAGGCCUGUUUGUGUAUCUCUCAAAGUAGAUUCCAGAUGAUGAAUAGAAAUCCUAGAAUCCUUAGCUUCCAUUAAUUUUGUAGACAUUCUGAAACAUUAUUUUUUAAACAGACCAUCAACUUAUUUAGGAAUUCAAUAGAUUAAAUGGUGCCCAUGCUAAAUCCAGGUUGUGUUCUGGGCUUCCUACAUUCUGUAUUUUGGGACUUCUCAUGUGCCAAGUGCUGCUUGAUCUUAUUCACUACUGUAUGCCAUUAUAUUAUUUAUUUGGGUUUUAUAAUGUGUGCAAAAAUGAUGUUUAAGUAAACCAUGGAACUGGUUAGACAUUUCUAGCAUAUUAAUAAAGGGUUUAGUGCCAUUCUUUGAUAUUAAAUUUUCUUUUCCCAUUUUUCUGAUGAAAACCGAAUUGUAAAAUAAUGCCCCCUUUCUUGUAAAAUGAGAUUGACAUGCCUGACCAAAAGCAACUAUUUAAAAAGCCAAUAUUUUGGAUUUUGGUUAAUCCCAUCAUUAGUUCUUAUAGUCUAACUCCUAGCUUCUUAAACUGUGGGUCAUUACCCCAUACAGGGUUAUGUAACUGAAUGUGAGGGAGGGGUCACAAAGAAUUUGGCAACAGUAAAAGGUUAUGUAUAGCUAUUU